CACGCACCGCCACCGCCUUCCACAAAAACCAGCGUCUCCAAAACAGUACCUUGUUUUGUUCCCCCUCCCCAAUAUAAAUUCUUCUCCAUUUCUCUCCUGUGUCACACACCACCUGUCAACCAAAACAAAAACUCUGCAUCCAAGAUCUCUCUCUCCGGGUACCACAUAUUCUUGCAAGCGUAUAUUCAAUCAUCUUCAUCGUCACUCCGUCAUGGACACCAAGAUAGGAGCUCUGGACGCGUGCCAUCCCAUGUCCAGCGACGUGGGAAGCAUACCCACGAACGGCGUAGUUUCCACUAUCCAAAACCCUGCCAUCCCGAUGACGUCGGCCGAGUCGACUCUGGGUCGCCACUUAGCUCGCCGGCUGGUCCAGAUUGGUGCCACAGACGUGUUCUCAGUCCCCGGUGACUUCAAUUUGACGCUACUCGACCACCUCAUUGCCGAGCCGGGGCUCAAUCUUAUCGGCUGCUGUAACGAGCUCAAUGCUGGCUAUGCAGCCGACGGCUACGCUCGUUCCCGCGGCGUCGGAGCGUGUGUUGUGACAUUCACCGUCGGCGGAUUGAGCGUUCUGAACGCAAUCGCAGGUGCUUAUAGCGAAAAUCUUCCGGUGAUUUGUAUGGUUGGUGGGCCCAACUCUAAUGACUAUGGGACUAAUCGGAUCCUUCAUCACACCAUCGGGUUACCCGAUUUCAGCCAAGAGAUGCGAUGCUUUCAGACUGUCACUUGCUAUCAGGCUGUGGUGAAUACUUUGGAAGAUGCACAUGAGCAGAUCGAUACAGCAAUAUCGACUGCGUUGAAAGAGAGCAAGCCUGUUUAUAUCAGUGUAGGCUGUAACUUGCCGGCGAUCCCACAUCCUACUUUUAGUCGCGAGCCAGUUCCUUUUUCUCUCUCACUCAAAAUGAGUAAUCAGAUGGGUUUGGAGGCAGCAGUUGAGGCAGCGGCGGAGUUCUUAAACAAGGCAGUGAAGCCAGUGACGGUGGGAGGGCCAAAACUGCGGGUUGCCAAGGCGGGCGAGGCCUUUGUUGAAUUGGCUGAUGCUUGUGGCUAUGCCCUUGCAGUGAUGCCAUCUGCUAAAGGGCUUGUGCCAGAGCACCAUCCCCAUUUCAUUGGGACUUACUGGGGUGCGGUGAGCACGCCCUUUUGUGCUGAAAUCGUGGAAUCAGCUGAUGCGUAUUUGUUUGCUGGUCCAAUAUUCAAUGACUACAGCUCAGUUGGGUACUCUCUGCUUCUCAAGAAAGAGAAGGCCAUCAUUGUGCAGCCUGAUCGUGUGGUGAUUGCGAAUGGGCCUGCUUUUGGAUGUGUUUUGAUGAAAGAUUUCUUGAAAGCACUUGCAAAGCGGCUUAAGCGUAACACGACUGCUUAUGAUAAUUACCACAGGAUUUAUGUUCCUGAAGGACAUCCACUCAAGUGUGACCCUAAGGAGCCCUUGAGGGUCAAUGUGCUAUUCGAACAUAUACAGAAGAUGUUAUCGAGUGACACAGCUGUGAUUGCUGAGACUGGGGACUCAUGGUUCAAUUGCCAGAAGCUCAAGUUACCAGAGGGAUGCGGGUAUGAGUUCCAAAUGCAAUAUGGAUCCAUUGGUUGGUCCGUGGGUGCAACUCUCGGAUAUGCACAAGCUGCAUCAGAUAAGCGAGUGAUCGCUUGCAUUGGUGAUGGGAGCUUCCAGGUGACUGCACAAGAUGUGUCAACAAUGAUACGCUGUGGACAGAACACCAUAAUUUUCCUGAUCAACAACGGUGGUUACACCAUUGAAGUUGAGAUCCAUGAUGGACCAUACAAUGUGAUCAAGAACUGGAACUACACUGGAUUGGUUGACGCAAUCCACAACGGCGAAGGCAAGUGCUGGACAGCUAAGGUCCGGUAUGAAGAGGAGCUCAUUAAAGCAAUAGAGACAGCAACUAAUGAGAAGAAAGAUUGCUUGUGCUUCAUUGAAGUGAUUGUUCACAAGGAUGACACAAGCAAAGAGCUGCUUGAGUGGGGCUCUAGAGUUUCUGCCGCCAAUAGCCGCCCACCGAACCCUCAGUAAAUCUUCCACUUCUACUACCAUAGGGAUUGAAUCCGUUAAUACUGAAUUAACCAGCAACUUUAUGUUUCCAUGUCAAUAUAGGUUGUAAUUCCGGAUUUGUAAAACAUUUUGCGUAUGCUGCAGAGUAUUGCAAGUUAGUGGAUAUCCACUAUGAUCUCCAAUGUCUCCUGA